UGGAAGUGUUGCAAAAAUCGAGAGCUCUGUUUGAGAGAGAGAGUCUAACAGACAGAGAGGAACAGAGGCAGAAAGACAGACACAGGGGGAGUGAGGAGUGCACAAUAAUAAGGUUGGAGUAAAGGUAGAGCAAAGACAAAACACAGCUCCUCACUCUGUAGCACUUCCACUACACUGACAACUCUCCCUACGAUGGAUCUGUCAUCCAAGAAGUUCCUCUAAAGAGCCAAAACGACAGAAAGCAAAGAGAGAGAGAGACAAGUCAGAGGACGGAGGAAAGCAGUUAAACCUUGGCUGAGGUGAGGAAGAAGCAGUUGUGUGGGAGAGCAGAGGCGAAGAAGGAGCAGUGAAAGGCAGCAGGGGAGUGGAGGAGUGAGGCGCCCCCGUUCCUUCCAGCAAAGUGAGAAAGGAAAAAGGGAAAAAGAAGAAGAAGGAAACCGGGAGUGAUAAAGAGUUGGUGACGGAGGGAGAAAAGUCAUCUGGACAUGGGGCUUUGUGCUGUUCUCCUCAUCUGUCUCUCCCAGGCUGAGCUGGGGAGAGCCUGGGCUCAGGAGCACGGGGAUGCACUGAGCCAGGCUCCUCUGUGGACAGAUGGGUACCUGACCAGCUUUCACAGAACCAAGCGGGAAGCCAGCAAGUCCACUGAUGGAAGAGGGCUCGAUAUCAGCACCCUGCCCGACAACGUCACCCAAAUUGUGGAGGACUCCACCAAGUAUUACACAUGGCAGAGUUAUGGUCCAACAGACAGACGGACUAAAGAACUGUGGGUAGAUCAGAAUGCGCUGCACCAGAGCCAGGUCCAAAUUCACGGCAUCCUGUCCAACGCACACCAACGGGCAGCGAGGGUGGCGCUCUCUUUUGAUUUCCCGUUUUAUGGACACUCUUUGAGACAAGUCAUCGUAGCGACUGGUGGGUUCAUGUACAUGGGGGACAUCACUCAUCGAAUGCUGACUGCCACACAGUACAUCGCUCCCCUCAUGGCAAACUUUGACCCGGGCUACUCCAAAAACUCCACAGUGAGGUUUGCAGACAACGGUAAUCUGUUUGUGGUGCAGUGGGACAACGUGAGGCUGCAUGACCAAGGUGAUGAAGGACCGUUUACCUUCCAGGCAGUCCUCCACAGGAAUGGAACUAUCGUUUUUAACUACAGAGCAGUCCCUAUGUCAAUAGACAGAAUUGACGUAGAGGGUCAUCCAGUGAAAAUAGGAUUGUCUGAAGCUUUCAUGCUGCCACUUCAACCCUCAAAGCCCCCAGAAAAGGGGGAGCAAUUUACCAUCUAUGAGUACCAUCGUGUUGAGAUUAACUUCACCAAAAUUGUAAGCGGAUCAGCUUUCGAGUUCACACCUCUUCCCACUUGUCUUCAACACAAAACCUGCGAUCUCUGCCUAACGUCCAACCUGACAACCAACUGCGGCUGGUGCAACACACUUCAACUAUGCUCUGACGGGAUCGACCGGCACAGACAAGAGUGGUUACAGUACAACUGUCCUGAAGAGGCAAAAGGCACAUGUGAGGACUACAACCCAGUCCUACCUGAGGGAUCCAUGAGCUCCUUCAAUCAGUCCUCUCCAGGUCCAACCCCCACUUCAGCAGUGCUCAGAGAUCAUCCUGUCACUCGAGAUUUAGACACAAGUCCUCCAAACCCUAAGGGGAUAACAGAGAACACCGCCAUCAUAGCAGGUGUGGUUGCUGCACUGGUUCUGCUUGUGGCUCUGACUCUACUGGCUGUCUAUUACAUCAACACACACCCUACAGUGGCUCCACCUUUCUACCUCAUGCAGCGACGCACCAAUAACUACUGGCCAUCUAUGAAGUUUCGCAACCAGGGCUGUCACUCCAAUUACGCUGAAGUCGAGCUGGGUGGUCACGAAAAGGAAGGGUUUAUCGAAGCGGAGCAGUGCUGCUAAAAGGUGCCGGAGCUCCAGGACUCAGAAAGAAAAAGGAAAAGGACAACGAGGGGAUGAAUAUGGACAAUCAGGCCAACCAUCAACAGAGGGUUUCUCUACGCCAACCGUGGCGGCUGGACAGUUUCUUACUUUAACUGCACUUGUAGCUCUUGUUCAUUUUCUCUGUGUACUUUGCUCGUUACAAACACACAGAGAAUUUGUUAUACAAGGGCCGGAGGGUCUGAAAAGACACGAUGAGACGUAACUGUACAAAACCCAUCAGUGCGAGGGGAUGUCAGGGAAUGAAUCAAACAAGCCUUCAUACUGCAAACCAAUGUAAAGCUCAUCUUAACUAUGUGUUCUUUGUUUUCAAUUUAUGGAGUUAUUUUUUUUGUUUCAUGAAUCUUCCGUACAGGUAUUUGGUUCAUAAAUGUUAUCUCUCUCUCUCUCUCUCUCUGUGGACUUCACUAUUUACAAAUAUUUAGCGAUAUAACUGAGUAGUGAUUAAAUUGAUCAUCUUGAACCUCUCCGAAGUAAUACUGUUUGAAUGAAUUUUAUUAGAGGCAUCAGGUUAAAGGAGUUUUCUUUUAACAUUUCUGUUUGAGUGUGUACUAAUAAAACCUGGUGGUGAGUGUUGGUAUCAAUUU